CCAUCAACCUCGCUCACAAACCAUAGCUCCUGACCCUUUGAGCCCUUUUAUUUUCUGCCCAAAACUACCCGCCGAAGGAGCCCAAAUCCCCCCAGCUCUCUCAUGUUCCUUUGAAUUCAACAUAAUACACUCCUUCGUAUUACUUCCCUAUCAUUAUCUCCGAAACGCCGAAAAGGCACCGAGCGAUGAACGAGACCUCGCCUGCUCCAACAACCAUGGACAGCCUGCCAAACGAACUUUUCAUUCAAAUCGCAGCGCACCUCGACAUUGAGCCUCCGUCAGUCGCUAAAUUUGCACACGAACCAUCGGCGGAUAUAACGUGUGCGAACGAAACGCCGCUCAAAUGCCUUUCUCAGGUAUCGUGGAGAUGGAGGAAGAUCGUGGUUCCUAUCCUGUUCCGCUACACCAGAAUCCCGCUAGAUAAGAAUCCGCAGUGGGUACCAAUAGAUGCAAGGCUGCUUGAAAGCAUGCAAGGGCAGCUGACGAAGCUGAGCUGCCACGAGGUGCAAAUCUACGGGCGCAUGAGAAGCAAGAUGAAGAGCAGCUCGCUCUUUGCUUUUGAAGAGGCGUUCGAUGACCUUCUCAUCAAUCUGUGCAGGAUCGAGGAUGGCGACGAGUUUCUGAAGUCUGCUCCGAAUAUCCUCUGGUUUCCGCAUCUUCCGCCGACUUUCGCGGAUUUCGUUCGCUUCGUCCGGCAAUACGAGCUCAAGCAUCACAUCAGGAGUAUCGUCGUCUAUGCAGAAAAGGAAUACGAGCUCCGACAUAUUUCCACAGCGGACGCACAUCUCGCCCGCGUCGUAGCCGAGCUCUGGGAUCAGAUAUUCUUUCGACUCGAACCGGCCCGCUUGGUUGUCGCGGCACCCCCAGCCACACUCGCUGGGCUCUUGGACGUGCAGAUGCUGAGCUCAGAUGCCUGGGCUUUCGACAUGAAGAUACACUAUAUCGAGCUUCUACAGCCAGAACCGUUCAGGCUCAAGCACCGGGACGCUUUUUGCCGACCGUGGAACGCCGCGUUGAUCCACCGCCGCCCUUGGGUUCAUCUGGGUUACAAUGAAGGCUCGUCCAUCAGCGCAUACAGCACGUAUGAAUACCACCUCAAGCAGUCCCCAAAGAUGCUAUACCUCGUCCUCGUUCGCCUCGCGAAAGAAGUCGCAGACUGCUGCAACAUCCGCUCCUUCUCCUUUACUGGCGUCUUCCCGUUCGCCACCAACGUCACUACCCUGAUCAAAGCCCUUCAAAGGAUUUCCACGCUCCGUGCAGUCGAAUUUCAGCUCUGUUCGGGUCCAGAGAACGACUUGCUUGACGAUCCUAAAAGGAUGGGUAGAGCCCAGAGAGAUGACUUGUGGCUCGAGUGGAGAGGGAGUUAUACGGCUAUUGCGAGCUUUUUGGGAACCUAUGACUUUGAAGACGGAAGCAAAUUUGUGAGCGCGGACUGUGAUGCGCCCGACAUUACCAAGGAGGUUGAAGAGUACGUAGAAGUGCUGCAGAAGAGGGGCCUCGGGUGGCGAAAGACUGGCGAUGGUUCCUGGGUGAGAGAUCACAGCCUUGAUAGAGAAGUGGUGCCUACCAUGGCGAAUACGGACGUGGAAGACUGAAGUACCAUUUCCUCGAUUGGAGUAGCGCCAUCAACGACUGCCUGGCCAAGCAAUUUGUCCAGCUAGGAGUACAUCUCUGUUCUUCUCGAGCAUUUCGAUAGCCGGACUCCCACCUAACUGGGCGCAAUCUACGCGACAAUAGCUCUUCACUCUCGGU